AUGACUGAAUUUGAAAGAGACAUAGUACGAGAGCUUCAUGCACCAGCUCGCCGAAAUUUUCCAAGACGUAAAGUUGAUAUUCGAGAUAAGGGUAAAACUUGGCAAGCUGAUUUUGUUGACAUGAUUGAACACUCAUCUUUCAGUUGGGCUGUUGAACUCAAAAGCAAGACUGGAGAAGAAGUAUCAGCUGCAAUGGAAUCAACAUUUCGAAAAGGACGAGUUUGUAAAAAUCUGCAUGUGGAUCAAGGAACAAAAUUUUAUAAUUCCAUUUUUCAAGCGAUGUUAAAGAAAUACAAUGUUCAUAUGUAUUCAACUUUCACCUAUAUGAAAGCAUCAAUAGUUGAAAGAUUUAAUAGAACAAUAAUAAAUUGUACUUUGAAUUCAGUUUACACGGUACUUAUAAGUGGGUCAAAAUAUUACCAAAAUUAA